CUUUGACCUUGAGCUUGACCUCGAGCCACUAAGACUGUCCUGAAGGCAAUUUGCUACGAGAUGUAUGCCGAACGCCUCCGGCAGCUCGAAGGUACCCUUUCUUAUCCAACAGAGCACGCGAAAUCGAGUGUACCCGGUGAUACUACUACUGAGGAGGAGCAUGAUAACUCUGCUGUGGAAGACACUGGAGUUUCAAGUGCCCUAACCUACGAAUUCGCUGGUUUAGGAAUAGGCUUCGCAAGUAUGCUUGCUGAUACUCUUUUAUCCCAUCCGUUCAUUGUUAUUCGCGGCCAAUGUCAAGUAAUGACUACCGGCUCAUACAUUCACAUUUCUCCUUUCUCCCUUGUUCCGAUUGUGAGUAAAUGUGUUAAAAGUCAAGGACCCGCAUUCCUUUGGAAGGGUCUAAGCAGCGUAUUCGUCGUCCGAGGUUUAUGCCUUCUAAGCGACAAUGUCAUCAGUGAGCUGACUUCGUUACCGCGGGAAGUAUCAAAGCUGAGUUCUUUGCGACGCCUGGGAGCCCAUGUUCUCUUACGGACGUUGUCUUGGGUUCUGGUUGCACCUUUUUAUGCUGCAAGUAUCGUUGAAAUUGUGCAGGUAAGUCAUAACUUUUCUCUCAUUUUUUGCUCGUGCAUUUUCCCGAUUGCCAUCCUUUUGUUCAUGGCCGUCACGUAAUGCAUUGCCUCGGAUACACUUAAUUAGAUCUAACACUCGCUAGUUCGAGUCACCCGCAUUACGUCGGCAUUAUGCCGGGACAUCAUACCAAUGCUUCGCUGUCACACGACCACCACCGGUCGCCCAUGAGCUGGGUUGUCUGCAACGUAGCCCUCACCUACGAAGACUCGAACUGGUGACCUUCCGAUUAUACGGUUCACUAACUUCAGCAAUCUGUUGAGGCGAUGGUGAACCUGUAAGCGCCUAUGCGCCAUUGAUUACGUAGUUACUGGUAUAUGUGUACGCUAGCAGCACGAGACUGGUAGAAUAAGAUGUUCACACUGCUUGACGAGUGCAACAGCUAUACAAGGGAUCCAGCCGGGGUGCUUUGUGUGUAUGGUACUCACGGUUUAUACGAAUGAUCUAAACAUACAGUCUAACAUUCCGCAUCAACAGACUAGGAUAAUCUUGGUUACGCUUUUGUACGAUGACAUUAAGCAAAUUUGCGGUACCCAAUUUCCUGCAGUAACAGUGCUCUGGUGUUAUUCAGGGUUGUUGUACGCUUGUUACUUUAAUGUCGAUGCAGCUUACACGGAUUUUCUUAGUGUUCUUACUUGUAGCUAAGACAUACACUAGCUGUUGGAUGACCAGACUACAAAACGAUGUUUAAAAGAUUGCUCUUGGUCGCACUCCCAACCAUUUCAUGAUCAUUUUUGUGGGCUUCCUGGUACACCUUACAGCUUAGCCCAUUUGUUCCUGCGAUACCAACAGUCCUAUUUCCUCUCUACUCGCUGGGUCCGUUUGAUAGAUUCCUUCGUUUUGGGAGCUGAAUUACUGUUGAUAGCAUAAUAGAUGUGAUCUUCACAUUUCGAUCGGCUGAGUAAGUUAUUUAUCUCCAACAAUUACGUGCCUGCUGUCGUCUUCUGGUCCAGCCUCCCGUUUAAAUCGAGGAAUUUAAGGUAUAGGUAGAAUGACUUUGGCUAUCAUGCAGUGGUUGAAAACUGCAAUGAAGCUGCUUCUUCACCACACAUUGCUCAGCAGUUUUCAAUCGUAAAUCGGCAAAUCUUGGGCUCCUUGUAUUGUUUCCUAUCGUCACUAAGGAUUUUCAUUAAGACCCCUUCUGCCCUAAUUAUUAUCAUUAUUCCUUAUAGGUGUCGUAAUUAUGGUCGCAUGGCAGGGAAGCGUCAGUGGGAAUUUCUGCUGUGCUACUGCUAAGGAGAGUGAUUACUUUGUAGGUCGCGAACUAGCCUUCGGAUUCCAGCGCAUUCCGAAGGAUCUAUGGCUCCCGUGACAAGUUUAAUAUUUCUGCGUUCAUUGAGUUCAUUGGGUUAUAGAAAGCAGGAGGGAAAUCCGAUGUCAGCCCCAUCGAUUCCGUAUCAUACUGAAUUUGACGCGUGUCUUUGCAUUACUACGUUCCUCGAGGGUUCAUCGCAAUUGUAGUGACAGACGCAAAAUUCCAGCAUUUUCAGCGAAUGUUUGUCUGUCAGCCACUUAAAACUUUCCUCGGAUGGAGCGUCUGCAAUUUCUUCCGGUAGGCUGUUCCAUUAUCAUCAUUAUACACGUCAGCUAGAGGUGGGAAACACCUCAGCUACUGUGCCGCAAUAC